GCAGUGAAUGUGUAAACUAGCACAGUCGUAUACAUAAUAUGGGUAUAUAUACACCGCUUGUGUUGCUUACAGUGGUGGCUGCAUAAAGAGGACCCUCAAAACUAGGUUAAAUCUUUCAGGACACAUUUUAUCUUGUGAUUCGGCGUCUUUAUCACCAUGGAGGACUACAGCAUCUACACAGGAAAAACGAAGACGUUUUCCGUCGUCGACUAUGUCCUUUUUGGCCUCACAUUACUUAUAUCUACGGGUAUUGGACUGGGGUACGCCAUCAUUGACCGAAAGAAACUAAGUUCCAAGGAGUACCUGUUUGGGGGUCGCCAGAUGUACGUUAUACCCGUGGCGUUGUCGCUGCUGGUGACGUUUUUGUCGGCAGUGACCUUGCUAGGGACGGCGGCCGAGAUGUACAUUUACACGACAAUGUUUUGGUAUCUGUGUUUAUCGUUUGUAUUUGCGAUUGUCCUCUCAGCCGUACUAUUCGUCCCAUUCUUCUACAACCUGCGCGUCACGAGUGUAUUCCAGUAUCUAGAAAUGAGGUUCAACAAAACUGUCAGGACAUUUGCAGUGAUACUCUUCCUGAUCCCAACUAUAGUAUACAUUGCCUUUGUAUUGUACGCCCCUACCCUUGCAUUUAAUGCAGUGACAGGACUUAACCUUUGGGGCUCGGUCGUUGUUAUAGGAGCUAUAGUUACCGUUUAUACAGCACUCGGUGGCAUGAAGGCUGUGUUGUGGACUGACACUUUCCAAGCGGCAGUGAUCGUUGCAGGGUUGUUGGCUGUUCUUAUCCAAGGUUCCAUCGUCAUGGGUGGCUUCAAGAACGCCUGGGACAUUGCUGUUAACGGGUCAAGGAUCAACUUCCAGGACUUCAACCCCGACCCAACAACUCGACACUCCUUCUGGACCGUAGUGAUUGGUGGUGGUUUCACCUGGCUGAGUCUCUAUGGCGUGAACCAGGCCCAAAUCCAGAGAGCACUCUCCUGUCCGUCCCCAUGGAAGGCUCAGCUAGCUCUUCUGGUUAACCUACCAGGACUUAUCAUCAUCGUCAGCAUGUGUUGCAUGAUCGGCAUCGUCAUGUACGCCUUCUACGCCGACUGUCAUCCGCUGAAGUUCAACAACCUCAUCGUCAGCCCAGAUCAGCUGCUGCCUCUGUUUGUCAUGGACAUCCUGAGCCACAUCCAGGGUUUGCCCGGAGUGUUUGUCUCAUGCGUCUUCAGCGGAAGUCUCAGCACUCUGUCAUCCACUUUGAACGCUCUGGGUGCUGUCAUACCUCAUGAUCUGAUUCAACCAUUUUGCUGUAAGAAAAUGUCUGAUAGGAAUAUGACCAUUCUCUCCAAAGUCACGGUGUUCGUAAUGGGUGGCGUGACAAUAGCUUGUGCAUUUGGCGUGGCCCAGUUGGGGAGCGUCCUUCAGGCAACGUAUGCUGUAACAAGCGUUGUGGGUGGGCCAAUGUUCGGAAUGUUUGUUUUGGGAAUGUUCUUCCCGUGGUCGAACUCCUGGGGUGCCAUUGCUGGCACUCUUACGUCUCUCGCGAUCAUGCUAUGGAUCUGCAUAGCGGCGUUCGUCAAUAGAGCAUUUAAUGCCAUUCCAUCUGCCACGUCUGUUAUCGGCUGCAACUGGAACAUCACUACAACGACGAUGACGACACUCGCUACCACCAUGUCCACCAUGAACUCAACUGAGGCUGUUGGUCUUCCUCCGACACCAAAGUCAAGUGACCCCUUCUAUCCGCUGUACACGUUGUCGUAUUUGAACUACACCCCGACGUCAGUGGCAAUUGUAGUGAUUGUUGGGCUCAUCGUCAGCUUCAUCACAGGAAAAACGGAUCCUAAAACCCUGGACCCUCGUCUGAUCUGCCCUCUUUUUGACCGCCUCUUCCCCUGUUUGCCGGAGAUGAUACUCCGACCUCUCAGAUUUGGAAUCAAUCAAGAAGGGAAAUACGACCUUGAUACCACACCGGUGGUAAAUGGCCAUGCAUCAAAGUUCCCAGAGAUGACUACAACACCUUAUGUGGCUGAUCGUAAACAGGAAAAUGGAGAUGGCAAUUUUGCAAGCAAACAUGGCGUCAACAACAUUGCAUUUACAGAUCAUGACAUUAUUUCUAUUCGGCUGUAAUAGAGGCAAGCGUGUCUCCUCCCAGAUGCAUCUAGUACUUAUCUUUAUCCAAUUAAUUACUUUGUUCAUCUUUAACUUUUACACCAAGUAUGGUAUAUUAUUAGCCAGCGUUUACGGUCCAUACGUUUAAUUGUGUUUACCAUUUCAAGUUAAAUUGACUUUUAAUUUCCCAUUUAUUGUUGAGGCGUAUUUACUGCCCGUUUCCACCUUUGUAUUAUCAUAGGUAGUUUAUGCAUAUAGAUAUAUAGGUACGAACAUGUUCAACCCAUACCUAUUUUAGAGAUACAUACUCUUCCAAUCGAGAAUAUUAUCUUAAUUUUCAACCUAAUUUCAGGAUGUAUACUACCUCAUUGCAUCUGCACAUAUGACUAACAUAGUGUAUUUUAGAUUAGAAUUUAAAUGAAUAUAUAUAACGAUUGAAGUGUUAAACAAAAGAAUAUUUGUCACAAUGUCAACACUA